AUGGAUAGACUUAUCAGAAAUUAUAUGACAACAUUAAAUGAGUCAACCUCCUCCAAUGAAGAAGAACUCAAAGAAAUUACUUCUUCUAUAAUACAAUGUUUAAAAAAUAACCAAGGAACAUUAUUAUCAGUUGUGCAGCAAUUAGGCGACUUUCUUACCAGUGAAGAUGCAACCUUUCGUUCUAAAGGUGUCAAUCUUUUAUCGGCUAUUUUAAUUGAAUGUCCAAGGGAACUAGUGAAUCAAACUGCUGUAAAUGUUUUAGUAGAAUUUUAUUGUGAAAGAUUAUCAGACACAGAGAGUGUACCAGAUCUUGUCAAAGGAUUAUACGCACUUUCACAAUUUGAGACUUUUGGAGAUGAAAAUUCCAUUAGAAAUAUUUUCUACAUUAUAUGUUCAAAACUUUCUUCAAACGACAAGACAUUAUCAUUGAAACAAAUAGAAUCAGAAUUUAUUGCUGGUUUUAUUCAAGUGAUGGAUGGCGAAAAAGAUCCAAGAAAUUUAUUGUUGGCAUUUUUUUUAGUUAAAUCGAUAAUCAGAGAAUUUGAUAUUUCCAAUAAUAUAGAGGCAUUAUUUGAAGUGAUAUUCUGUUACUUUCCAAUUACAUUUAAACCCCCACUUGACGAUCCAUAUGGAAUUACUGCUGAGGAUUUAAAAAUUGCUUUAAGGGAGUGUUUAUCCAGUACUCCAUAUUUCGGAAAAUCUGCAAUGCCGUUACUAAUUGAAAAAUUAAGUUCAAGUUCUGGAAAUGCAAAGAAAGAUUCUAUGGAAACAAUAGCAGUUUGUGCUCCAGUUUAUGGAGCAAACUCUUUAAUAGAAUUUUUAGAUGUUUUAUGGGAGUAUUUAAAAGAUGAAGUCAUUAAUUCAACAGAUAAAUCUAGUGAAAAUAUUGCGCUUGAUACAAUACGUAGUAUUGUUUAUACACUAUCAAUGGAAGUAGUUGAAAAAUCAGAGCACCUUAAAGAAUUCUUAAAGAUUAUUGUAGAUGAAUGUAUGGAGAAUAUAGAACGGCCGGAAUUAAAAUUGGCUAAACCUAGUGGCAUAAUACUAAAACAUUGUUUAAUGGCUUCAGAUCCAUCAUAUAAUUUAAUUACAUCUGCUACAUUAAGUAAAUUGCUUCUUAAAUAUAGUCAAUAUUUAUAUGGAACAAUUUAUGAACCAAAAUUUGAUUCAGAUUACGAUUUCAUUACACCAUUAAUUUCAUACAAAGAUGAAUUGCUUGAAAUAUUUAGUUCAGCGUUAUUAUCAAUUAAUGAAUAUAAUGAAUUAAGAUCGAUCGGAGUAAAUGGUAUAUAUAAUAUGAUAUUGUUAGAUAAAUUUCUAUCAGAUGAUGAAAUAUCAAUCCUAUUGCAGUAUUAUAAUCAAAUUAUUUUAAAUGAACUUGAUCAAGAACUAUUUGAUGAAACUUUAAAAUUAUUAUCGGAUAUUUCCAAGUAUAAAUCGAAUUUGAUAUUAGAGAUUACUUUACCAAUAAUUUUGGACAAACUUCCAAAUAAUGAGAAUGAUCUCAUAACAAAUAAUAUUCAUUAUGAUGAUAAAUUAUACAUAAGAUUGUUAAAGGCUUUAUCAGAAUUAUCAAUUCAACCGAUUCUAUUUGAAAAUUAUUUACCAAAUAUAUUAAAGACCAUAAAUAAUUUAGAUGUCGAUCCAAUUUCAUCAAUUGAAAUAGUUAAUGAUUAUUUAGAAUCUUUACUUAAUUCAUUACUGAUGGUAUUAACUAAAAAAACACAAUUGAAUUAUAAAGAAUCUAUAAAUUAUCAUGAGAUAAUAAUAAAAAAUUUACUAUUAAAAUGUAUUCAACCAACUUUGUCAAGUGAAGAGAAACAUGAGAAUUUAUAUUUCAAUCUGAGUAUUAUUAAGAUAAUUGGUGAUAUUUUAUCAUUGCUGAUCAGAAAUUUAAAUGUUAGUGAACAAACAUUAAUGGUAAAUGAGAUUUUUAAUUUGUUUACAAAAGGAAGUUUAGACUAUAUAAAUUAUAGUAAUAAGGAAUUAUUAACAUUCAAUCCAUUAUCGAUUGAAUCUAAUGUAACUCAACAAAAUUUAAUAUUGCUAUUUACUUCAAUAGUGGGAUCAAUUAAACCAAAAGCUAAACUUCCAUUGGAAAAUAUUUCUGAAUUUUUAUCAAACAUGCAAAAUUUAAUAUUGUCAACAACAAAUAAAAUACAACAAAAUGCCUUAUGCCAAUUAUUUGCUUGUAUCAUAAAUAAAUGGGAAAAUGAAAAUGAAUUAAAUAAUUAUGUGAAAGAAAAUGUUUUGGAAAAUUUAAUGAAUCAUAUUACUAUUAAUGACAACAACAUUAAUGACAAUGUUGGUAAUACAAGAGAAAUUUCAUUAAAUUUAUUUUUAUGGAUAUCAAAAGCUUUAAUAUUACGUACAAAUGAAUUGGGUUAUGAAUGUAUUUUCCCAUUAUUAAUUCAUUCAUUGUCAUCAUCGGAUCCUGAACUUAAAUUUUCAACAGUUAACGCAUUCUACGUAAUCAUAUUAAAUAACCCUAAAACAAUAUCUGAUAAUAUCAGUUCUAUGAUACCUUUAUUGUUAAAUUUAACUAAAAUUAAAGAAGGAAACAGCAUGAAAGUUCGUAUAUCAGCAUUACAAUGUUUAGGUUUAUUACCUGAUAAGUUGGCAUUUGACAUUUUAUUUCCAUUCAAAAAUAAAAUAAUUAGAGAAUUGAGUUUUGUAUUGGAUGAUAAAAAAAGGUUCUAG